AUGGCCAACUUAGUCCGAGUCGCCGCCGCACAGAUGACCUCCAUCAACGAUCUCUCAGCCAACUUCUCAACCUGCUCUCACCUCGCUAAGGAAGCUGUUUCAGCUGGCGCAAAGUUGCUUUGCUUUCCUGAGAAUUUCUCCUACAUGGGUUACAAAUCUGGGGACAGUCUUAAGAUUGCUGAAUCAUUAGAUGGACCAGUUAUGACUAAAUAUUGUUCUCUUGCAAGGGAGUCAAACAUUUGGUUGUCACUUGGUGGAUUUCCGGAAAAAGGAUCUGACGAUGUACACUUAUGCAACACUCACGUAUUGAUUGAUGAUGCUGGGAACAUAAGAAGCAAAUUUAGAAAGAUGCACUUGUUUGAUGUUGAUGUGCCUGGAGGUGCUGUUUACAAAGAGAGCUGCUUUACGGAAGCAGGAAACGAUAUUGUUGCAGCUGACAGCCCGUUUGGACGCCUAGGUCUAACAGUUUGCUAUGAUUUGAGAUUCCCUGAUCUUUAUCAGCAGCUGAGGUUCCAUCAUGAUGCACAGGUUUUGUUGGUGCCUGCUGCUUUCACAAAAGUGACCGGUCAGGCACAUUGGGAGGUUCUGCUUCGUGCGCGUGCCAUUGAAACUCAAUGUUAUGUCAUAGCUGCUGCACAAGCUGGGAAGCAUAGUGAUGAAAGAGAAAGCUAUGGCGACUCCAUGAUAAUUGAUCCAUGGGGUACAAUUAUUGGACGGUUACCAGAUCGACUGUCUACUGGUAUCGCUGUUGCAGAUAUUGACUUUUCAUUAAUUGAUUCAGUGAGAUCAAAGAUGCCAAUAGCUCAGCAUCGGAAGCCAAUAGAAUUUUGGACAAGCAAACAGUAG